UACGUGAGUUCACAGAUGCCCGUGAUCAUCUGCCAAUGGCAGGAACUGAAGUUUUGUUUAUGAUAGGUCCAUCUGAAAUUCUUUUCACUCUUUUUAGACCUUUUUCCAAGAAUGGCUAUUAGCGUUUUAUUUAUUUAUCAUAUUUUUAUUUAUUUCUAUCUCCUCCCAGAACGUACCAAAAAGCUUUUGUGUAGCUCUGAAUUUCAGUUCAUAUAUUUAAGCAAAUUAUUAGAAAUAUUGAACUGUUGAACAUAUUUCCCUUUUCCUGAUCCAGAGGUGAGUGAUGUCCUGUCUACUCCUGCUGUCCUCUUUCCUAAACAUCUUACAUUAAUGUCAGCAAGAACAUCACAACACACAACUAGGAUGAUGUCAGAUGAGAUUAAAUGUGAGAAUCUGAAUCCCACAGAGACCUCUAGUAGUCACCCAAUUUCAUCUGGUGCUUUCCACACUGAUGCCUGUAACAGGCAAGCGCAGAAAGAAACUCACCAGUGCUCACAAUAUGAGAAGAUCUUUAGUAGAAGUGUAAUCUCAAACAACACUGUCUGAUUCAUACAGGAGAGAAGCCGUAUUUCUGUUCGCAGUGUGGGAAGAGUUUUAGACCUAGGAAUAGUCUCCGAGACCACCAGUACAAACACAGUGGAGAUAAACUGUAGAUAAUCUUCAGAAAUACCAGAAUGCUCACCCAGCUAUGAAUGUGGACAAACAACAGAUCUUAUAAGUGUGGGAUCUGAGUAGAUCCAUAGGCAUAUUUAAAGAGUACAAAGUUGUGAAUGAUGACUUUAUGAGAAUUAAUAUUUGUAUAAUGUCUGUUCUGUUACUGGUCUAUAUAUUGUCUCCUCAGAUAAGCCACAGUAGAUUGUGUACCAGCUGGUAUUUAUAAUAUAAUUCUGUGCACUUGAAUUGUUUUAAAACAACAACUAAGUGGUCGGAUUAUUAUUAUUAUUAUUGUUGUUAUUAUUAUUAUUUUUAAAUGUUAUUAGCCUUUUAUUCUGCUUUGGACUCUGAGUGACUGAGGUUGGUUUCUCAUUCACAGCCUGUUAAUCGAGUUAGCUGUUUCUCCAUAAUUGAUUGAGCCUUAAAUUCGCCAGUUUAUCAUUUGAAAUGUUCUUUCCACCUUAAAUGGUAAAGCAUUUACAUUCAUACACCAAUUAGAAGAGACAGAACUUAUCUUAACACUGCUCAUGAGCGCUAAUACAAUGUUCCAGUAGGUGUCGCUGUGAGCGUCUAGGUCCCGUUCCGCCACACAUCCACAGUAAUAGAAGAAGACGUGCUGCAGUUUUGCUGAUUGAUGAUCUGAGCUCUCCGACUCUACUAAUCAUCUUUACAUUCAAAUAUUUCUGACAGGGUUUUACCUCCACAGUUCCAUCUGAUCCGCUGUGGGUGUAUUUGAGGAGGUUAACUGAGUUCUGCUGUAAAGAUCGAGGUUCAAGUGGUUUUUCUACACAUCUGGAGUAAGAACAUCACGAGACACAACUAGGAUGAAAUCGGAAGAGAUGAAACUUGAGAAUCUGGAAGCCAUAGAGAGCUCCGAUAGUCCUCAAAGGUCAUCUGGUACUUUCUGCGCUAAGGCUUCUCAUAGACAAGUUAAAAAAGAAAUUCACCAGUGCUCACAGUGUGGGAAGAGUUUCGGUCAAAUGAGUAAUCUCCAAACACACCAGCGCAUUCAUACGGGAGAGAAGCCGUAUCACUGCUCACAGUGUGGUAACAGCUUCAGUUACUACUGUAAUCUCCGGCGUCAUCAGCGCAUUCACACCGGAGAGAGGCCGUAUCAGUGCUCGGUUUGUGCGAAGAGUUUUACUAGCCAGAGUACUCUCCAGCGACACCAGCGCAUUCAUACAGGAGAGAAGCCGUAUCAGUGUUCUCAUUGUGCAAAGAGUUUUAUUGAGAGCGGUAGUCUCAUAAACCACCUGCGAACUCACACGGGAGAGAAGCCGUAUCACUGCGCAGACUGCGGGAAGAGUUUUACACAAAGAAGUAAUCUCCAGCAACACCAACGCAUUCACACCGGAGAUAAACCGUAUUACUGCUUGGAGUGUGGGAAGAGUUUUAAUCGGCAGAAUGUUCUUCAAUUACACCAACGCAUUCACACAGGGGAGAAGCCCUAUUACUGUUUGGAGUGUGGAAAACAUUUCACUUUCCAGAGUAAUUUCCGACGGCACCAGUGCAUUCACACAGCUAUGAAUGAAGACAGGUGGUCUGAGUGGUGUCUUCUCCUGCUGUCCCCUUUCCUACAAACCAAGUUUAUGUGUGCAAGAACAUCAAGAGAUCCAACCCCGAUGAAGUCCGAGAUUGAAUACGAGUAUCUGGAACCCACCAGAAGCUCCAGUAGUCCUCAAAGGGCAUGUGCUGCUUUAACUGGUGACACCGCUCAUAGACGGGUGCAGAACGAAUGUCACCACUGCUCAGUGUGUGGAAAAAGUUUCACUAAAAGGAGUAAUCUGAAACAGCACCAGCUUGUUCACACAGGAGAGAAGCCGUAUCAGUGCUCACAGUGUGAGAAGAGUUUCACUAAAAGGAGUAAUCUCAAGCAGCACCAGCUUGUUCACACAGGAGAGAAGCCGUAUCAGUGCUCACAGUGUAGUACGAGUUUCACUCAAAAGGUUCAUCUCGUACGACACCAGCACAUUCACACAGGAGAAAAACCGUAUCGGUGUUCUCAGUGUGAGAAGAGUUUUAUUGACUGCAGCAGUCUCAUAAAACACCAACGAAUUCACACAGGAGAGAAGGUCUGUCGCUGCGCACUGUGCGGUUAUAGCUUUAAUUGCCUCAGCAAUCUUAAGCGACACCAGCGCAUUCACAAAGGAGAGAAGCCGUAUCAGUGUCCGCAGUGCGGAAAGAGUUUUAUCGAUAAAGGUAAUCUGAUAAAACACCAGAAAAUUCACACGGGAGAGAAGCCACAUCGCUGCUCACACUGUGGGAAGAGUUUUACACAAAGAUUUAAUCUCCUCCAACACCUGCACAUUCACAGAGGAGACAAACCAUAUUACUGCUCAGUGUGUGGGAAGAGUUUCAAUCGAGAGUACACUCUUCAGUUACACCAACAGAUUCAUACAGGGGUUAAACCCUAUUAUUGUUCAGAGUGUGGGAGGAAUUUCAGUAGUCUGAGUAAUCUCAAACAACACCAGCGUAUUCACACAGGAGAGAGGCCGUAUCAGUGCUCAGAGUGUGAGAAGAGUUUUAGUUCUAGCGAUACUCUCAAAAACCAUCAGAGAAUUCAUACAGGAGAGAAGCCGUAUCACUGCUCGCUGUGUGGGAAGAGUUUCACACAAAUAGGUCAUCUCCAGCAACACCAGCGUGUUCACACAGGAGAGAAGCCGCAUCGCUGCUCGGAGUGUGGCGAGAGUGUGGCGAGAGAACACAAGCACAUUCACAGGGCUGUGAAUGAGGACAUGCUGCAGUUCUCAGCACUCCACAAUGGCAGUGUUAAAGCAGUCAGAUAUGAGUUGUCCUGUCUUCUCCUGCUUUCCUCUUUCCUACACAUCAUAAAUUUAUCUCCGCAAGAUCCAACUAGGAUGAAGUCAGACAAGAUUAAAUGUGAGACUCUGGAGCCCACAGAGAGUAGUCAACAAAGCUCAUCCUUCCAAAAUAACACCUCUCGCAGACGAAUGCAAAAAGGAGGUAACCAGUGCUCACAGUGUGGAAAGAGUUUCACUCAAAUGAGUAGUCUCCGAGAACACCAGCGCAUGCACACUGGAGAGAAGCCUUAUACGUGCUCACAUUGUGGGAAAAGUUUCAGUCAAAGGAGCACGCUCAAAAAACACCAGCGGAUUCACACAGGAGAAAAGCCGUAUCAGUGUUCACAGUGUGGGACGAGUUUCAAUCAAAAGAGUCAUUUGAAAAAGCACCAGCGGAUUCACACGGGAGAGAAGCUGUAUCAGUGCUCGCAGUGUGAGAAGAGUUUUAUUGAGAGCGGUAAUCUCGUGAAACACCAGCUAAUUCACACGGGAGAGAGGCCGUAUCAUUGCUCACAGUGUGGGAAUAAUUUUACUAGACUAAGUAAUCUCCAGCGACACCAGCGCAUUCACAAGGGAGAGAAGCCAUAUCCAUGUUCACAGUGUGGAAAGAGUUUUAUUGAGAAGAGUAAGCUCAUAAAACACCAGCGCAUUCACACCGGAGAGAAGCCGUAUCAGUGCUUAAACUGUGGGAAGAGUUUUACAGAAAGGAGGACCCUCCAACACCACCUUCUUAUUCAUACAGGAGAUAAACCAUAUCAGUGUUUAGAGUGUGGGAAGAGUUUUAGAGAAAAGACUGCUCUCCGAGUACACCAACACAUCCACACAGGGCAGAAGCCCUAUUAUUGUCCUCAGUGUGGGAAGGGUUUUACUACCCAUAGAAGUUUCCAGCAACAUGAGCGCAUUCACACAGGAGAGAAGCCGUAUCAAUGUUCACAGUGUGGGAAAAGCUUUAAUAACCAGAGUAAUCUCCGAGAACACCAGCGCAUUCACACCGGAGAGAAACCGUAUCACUGCUUACAGUGUGGGAAGAGUUUUAUUAGACGAAGUAAUUUGCAGCGACAUAAACACCUUCCCACUGCUGAGAUUGAGGACAUGUUGCAGUUCUCAUCAGAAAGUGUGCAAAUUAACUAGGUCUAUUCUAAAUUCUUAUUUUGGGCCAAAUUGCUGGACCACUCGAUACAUUCUGGUGGAGAAUUUUGUAUAUUCCUUAUUAUUUACUUGAGGGGCAAUGGGGGUUUUCAUCACUAUGAAACUGUGAACUUCUAGACUGAAAUGUAAUGUUCUGAAAAGCAUUCCAAGUUCACUAACUAAAGGAGCAGAUGCUUUUAGAGUUUUAUUAUUAUGAAGGCCAAAGCAGGAUAUAUUAAGAACGGAUUAGAGGUCGACUGAUAAUGGAUUUUACCGAUAAUAAAAUUGGACAGUGCCUUCCGAUAACCGAUUAAUUUACCGAUAGUUUUUGAAAUUGAUACGGAAUGAAAACGACACUCAAAAUAAAAAAAUAAAUAAAUAAAUAAAUAUAUAUAUGUAUGUAUAUGUAUGUCCAAACUGAACACUCCAAAUAAAUAAAAGUAGAGACAUCCAAAAUGAAUUAAAAACACUUCUGAUAAAACAAAACAUGUCAGUGAUAGUUUUUUUUUUUCGCCUCUAGAGGCCGCUCUCGUGCUGUAUAAUGAUCGCGAACCCGCAACUGAGGCAAACGGGAAAACCUAUCCGUGUAUCGGUACUGAUUAAUCAGCUAAACUAAUCAAUCAGUCGACCUCUAGAAUGUGUGUAUAUAGGAUAUAUUUAUACCGAGACAUAAUGAAGACUAUCAUAUCUGAAAUAGUUGGAAUUCUAAUACAGAAUAGUCAAAUUAUUGCUGAAUAAUUAUUAUACUUUUGGAUAGCCAUGAACUAAAAUAAUUUGUAUAUUGCAAAUUUUUCAAAAUAAUGAUUUAACAGAUAUAUGAAUAUUGGGUAGGUGGUAAAAAGGGUGGUAAAAUGUUCCUCCACAAUUCCAGUUAUAAUAAUGAAAUUAAACAAUUGUCAUAACACUGUAAUAGAUUUUAUAAGAAAAAAAAUAAAGGGAUGUCUGGGAAUUUUCCCAAAUGCCUGAUAAA